AUGGCGCAAAUCAUUGAAUUUCGCGCUUGUCACGGCGGUGACUAUUGCCGAGUUCACCUUACAGGAACUAACCAAGAUGCGAAAUACCGUAGGCUUUCUACCCAGACAACAUUUUGGUCUCAAAUGCUAGCAGAAAUGGAUGUAUCUUACUCUGACCUGACAAACGCACAAGCUGUACAGUUGGUCGGACUCGCAGUUGGCUGCAUCCUCGUCAUCCCGUGCUCGCAGAAAUACGGCCGCCGCAGUACCUACAUCUUCACGACCGCUGCCCUAGCUGGUGCGACAUGGUGGGCCGCGUAUAUGAAGACGACAGCCGAAGUCUUGGUGACCUCUGUGUUGUUUGGCUUGGCCGGGGCUCCCAACGAAGCCGUCGCCCAGAUGACCAUUACAGAUUUGUUCUUCCUACACCAACGAGCGACCGCGAACUCGAUAUACCUAUUUGCUAUCAUGAUAGGCAGUUUCCUAACGCCCAUGGUUGCUGGCUACCAAGCCUCCAUCUCGGGCUGGCGUGAAUCCUACAUCGCAUUGGCUAUAUCUCUAUCGAUACUUACUCUCAUUUUUAUACCACUACUCGAAGAAACCAAGUACAUUCCAGUGAUUGAGGAUGCCACCACAGCUACAGAGAGACAUGAUCAGAGCCAUCCAACAGAUCUACCGACGAAAACUUCCCAACAACACUCGAAUGCCAACCACGAAGACAAUAACGCCCCAAACGCAGACCGAGCCGUGCGUACUCAACAGCCCACCUCGUGGAGACAGCGCAUGCGCCUUUUCACUACCACGGACGAGCCGCUAAUAAAGACGAUUUACUACCCAAUCUAUACCAUUUGCCUUCCGCAUGUCAUCUUCACGGCUGUGCAGUUUGCCUCUUGCGUCUGUUGGCUCGUGGUGGUCUCGUCCAUGAUAUCCAUCAUUUUCUCCGCUCCCCCGUACGAGUUUGACUCUGCCGCGCUUGGGUACAUGUUCACGGGGCCAUUCAUCGGCGCGAUAUUUGGCAGCAUUUACGGUGGUCCGUUGCUCGACUGGGCAGUUAUCCGCUUCGCCAAGCGCAAUCACGGUAUCUUUGAGCCCGAGAUGCGUUUGUACCUGUUUCCUUUCCAGACUGUGUGCCUCACUGCUGGCUUGAUCAUGUUUGGCAUCACCGCAGAUGAGGGAAUGCAUUGGAUCUAUCCUAGCAUCGGAUGCGCCUUAUUUGGGUUUGGUAUGGGCGCGACCGGCGAUAUCUGCUUUACCAUGAUUUUGGAUGCGUAUCCCGAGCUUGUUCCCGAGAUUUUCGUCCUCAUCACCUUUAUUCGAAACUCCAUCAGUAUCCCAGGCCCAUUCUCCAUUACUCCAUGGCUUGCCACCAUGAGUGUCAGUAACAUGUUCAUCCUUUCGGGGUUCAUAUCUCUCUUCCUAGCCGUCUUCUGUAUUCCUUACAUCAUUUGUGGCAAAAGGUGGAGGGCAGCUACGGCGCCUCUAUACCGCCGUUUGUGCAGUGAGGUUGCUGGGAAUCGACGGUGA